GUGCGCGGCCAUGUCAAUAGGUGAGAUCGAAAUUAUAAAUCCCUCACGAAUAUUAAGUCUGUUGCCUUCUGACGCCCGGCACCUAUCCGGCUAAUGUGCACUGUCAUGUACUCAGCCUCAGCAGAGCAUAGUACGGUGUAUGUUAAGCCGGUUACGGGAACCGCCAUAGCGUGGUCGCUGUCGCACGUUGGGUUAGACUUAAAUGAGUCUCGUUCAAAUGGAUGGAUGACUCAGAGGCAGUAAGUUGGGGUCAUCAAGGACAAGUCGGAUGAUUUUACUCACUCAUCCAGCCAGGAGUUGGAUCUUUAUGAUUUAAUUGGAACUCUGUUCCUAACCAAAGUAGUCUGCUUGUAAGACGUGCCUCAGCCAAUUACAAGUAUGGUGAAAAGGUGUCCUGAUGGCAAACAACAACAGCCCUUUCAACCUGCGAUAUGUUCUAGAAAAGGAAAAAUUAUCUGGAACUAACUUUCUUGAUUGGGAGAUGAAUCUUAAGAUUGUUCUCGAAUGCGAGAAAAAGCUUUACGUCCUAACAUCUGAGCCUCCCAAAGCUCCUGAAGCGAACGCCCGUGCUGCAGAAAUUACUUCGUACCGGAACUAUGAAGGUGACGCACGUGAUGUGAGAUGUCUCAUGCUAGCCACCAUAACCCCGGAGCUCCAAAGGCUCCACAAGGACAUGGAAGCUCAUCCUAUGAUGACUCGCUUGAAAGGUCUAUACCAAGGCCAGGCUAGACAUGAGCGUUUCAAAAUCUCUACGACUCUGUUUUCCAGUAAGCUGGCAAUGGAGAUGACUAUGCCUGAGCUACUGAAAUUCCUCACAACUGCUGAGGAGAGUCUAGGAAAGGGAAAGGGUAAGUCUAUCCUGAUGGUAGAGGGCAGUACUGUUGCGAAGAAGAGUGGGCCACGUUCGCCGGCCGGGACCAAACGCAAGGGUUCUAAGAAACCCAGGCCAGCGUCCAACUCCUCUUCGUUGAAACCCAAAGAAAGAGCUAAGAAGAAGUCUGCUGUAUGCUAUUAUUGUGGCAAAAAGGGCCACUGGAGGCGCAACUGCGCAAAAUAACUGGCAGAGAGGAAAGAGGGAAAGAAACCUCAAACCUCAGGUAUCUUCGUUAUUGAAGUCAAUAUGUCUGAUAUCACCUCUUGGGUGAUGGAUACUGGAUGUGGUUCUCACAUCUGUACUUCUAUGCAGGAUCUGCAUGAACGUAGACAAUUGACGGAGGGAGAGAUACAACUAAAAGUCGGCAAUGUCGCACUCGUAAAUGCAUUAGCCGUCGGAACCUAUAGUUUAUCUCUACCUAGUGGUCUUGUAUUGCAAUUAAAUAAUUGUCUGUUUG